GCGAAAGUGAAAAACCAAAAUUAAAAUUAAAAAGAGAGCUGAAUUCUCUUGUUUUUUUUUUCUUUGUUUUAUCAAAAUAAAAACAAUUAGUAUCCAAUUUCAAUGGGGUUUCGACUUGUUCUCGAGGCGGUUUUCGGUUCUGUGCGACGGAAGAAGAUGGCGGGAGGUAGUGGAGCUAUUGUUCGUGGUGGUGGUGGUAGUGGUACUGGUAAGCAGAGAGGUUUCUCCUUAAAUCCAAAGGACUACAAACUUAUGGAAGAAGUCGGCCAUGGAGCUAGCGCCGUCGUCUAUCGAGCGAUCUAUCUCCCGACUAAUGAAGUCGUCGCCAUCAAGUGUUUGGAUCUCGAUCGAUGCAAUAGCAAUCUGGAUGAUAUUAGGAGGGAAUCUCAGACUAUGAGUUUAAUAGACCAUCCCAACGUUAUCAAGUCGUUUUGUUCAUUUUCUGUGGACCAUAGUCUUUGGGUCGUCAUGCCAUUCAUGGCACAAGGCUCGUGUUUGCAUCUUAUGAAGACUGCGUAUUCAGACGGAUUUGAAGAGUCGGCUAUAUGUUGUGUACUGAAAGAAACUCUUAAAGCUCUUGAUUAUCUUCAUAAACAAGGGCAUAUCCACCGGGAUGUUAAGGCUGGAAACAUACUUCUUGAUGACAAUGGGGAGAUUAAGCUUGGCGAUUUUGGUGUCUCUGCUUGCUUGUUUGACAACGGUGAUAGGCAACGUGCAAGAAACACAUUUGUUGGUACUCCUUGCUGGAUGGCACCGGAAGUCUUGCAGCCGGGAAAUGGAUACAAUUCCAAGGCUGAUAUCUGGUCAUUUGGUAUAACAGCGCUUGAAUUGGCCCAUGGUCAUGCACCUUUCUCAAAAUAUCCCCCCAUGAAGGUGCUCCUAAUGACUAUUCAAAAUGCACCUCCCAGCCUUGAUUAUGAUCGUGAUAAGAAAUUUUCUAAGUCCUUUAAAGAAAUGGUUGCAAUGUGUUUGGUGAAAGAUCAAACAAAAAGGCCAACUGCAGAAAAACUGCUGAGACACUCUUGUUUCAAAAACACGAAGCCUCCUGAGCUUUCUGUGAAAAGGUUGUUUGCCGAUUUACCACCUCUUUGGACUCGUGUAAAAUCUCUUCAGGCCAAGGAUGCUGCACAGCUUGCCAUGAAGAGAAUGGCCACUUCUGACGAGGAAGCUAUAUCACAGAGUGAAUACCAAAGAGGAGUAAGCGCUUGGAAUUUUGACGUCAAAGACUUGAAAACACAAGCAUCUUUGCUAAUUGAUGACGAUAGUCUAGAAGAGAGUAAAGAGGAUGAAGAAAUAUUCCGUGCACAGUUUCAUAAGGUGAAUGAAAGAGGGCAAGUAUAUGAUAGUCCUCCACUAUAUGAAAACAUGAACGGAAAGGAAAAGGUUUCCAAUACUGAGCCAACCUACGAAGAGAAAUUUAGUUUUAUUACGACUGCGAAAUCAGAGCCUGACAUUCCCGAGGCCAAGGUUAAGCCAGUAAGACGACAAAGUCAGAGUGGACCACUUGCUAGCAGGACUGUCUUAAGCCACUCGUCUUCUGAGAAAAGUCAUGUCCUUGAAAGAUCCGAGAGUGAACAGCAGAUGGCACCGCCAGGCCGAUCAGGGUUUAGUGGUCCUUUGAAUCUUCCAACCCGUGCUUCUGCAAACAGUUUCUCAGCUCCUAUGAAAUACUCAGGAGGAUUCCGUGAUUCUCUAGAUGAUAAGUCAAAGGCUAAUCUGGUUCAGAAAGGACGGUUUUCAGUAACGUCAGGAAAUCUAGAUCUUGGAAAGGAUGUUCCAUUAAGUAUAGUCCCUCGCCGAUCUCCACAGGCGUCCACUCUGAGAAAAUCUGCGAGUGUCGGUAACUGGAUACUUGAGCCUAAAAUGCCAACAGUUCAGCCUCAGACCAUCAAGGAGGUAAGUAGCCAACCUAUGUCUCCCUCACUCAUCAUGCCUCAACUUCAACAUCUGUUCCAGCAAACCUCACUACAACAGGAUCUUAUUAUGAACUUAAUGAAUAGUGUACAACCCGCGGAGACGACAGAUGGUUCUCAAUCGGGAAAGUUACCACCUUUGCCUCGCUCAGAUAGUAAUGGAACCGUUGAGCCCGUGGCUUCUGAGAGGGAGAGAUUACUACUUAGCAGUAUCUCUGAGCUCCGGGCUAGGCUUGAAGACUUAACUGAGGAACUUGAUACAGAAAAAUCAAAAUACAGCCAACUCCAGCAGAAACUGAAAGCAUUCACUGGUCGCGAACAAGUGUAAGCAGGAGGGAAAGCGACGGUGGAAACACUGAGCUGCACAGAACCUGUAGGAGAAGGAGUGAAGUCUCUUCUGGUAACCACUGAAAACCAGAUAAGAUUGUUCAACAAAAAGUGAGAGGCUGUGAAGCAACAAAAAGCAUAGCAAUUUCUCCAUUUGGGUUCUGUGUGUGUUUCAGACAAACAAUGAUGACGACGACAACAGCAAAACAACUAGGGUCUGCUUCUGAUGUUAAACUAACAGUUGAAGACAGCAGAAACGAAUACAAAAAUAAAAUAAGAAAAAAGGAAGGAGAAGAAAGCUCUCCUUUUGGGGUCUCAACCCCACAUAUUUGCUAAUUUACUUUGAAUAUAUAUUAUCACACGUUUUGAUCAGUUUGUUUUUUUCUUUUUUGGGUGUAUUAAUUUUUGUUAGUGAGAGAAAGGAGAACGCAUUCUUUUGGACCCUUUGUGUAUUGUAGUGAUUUGUAAAUGCAACAUACUUGCUCCGUA